AUGCGGCCCGUAGUCUAUAAACUAAAUAGCGGAGUCGCGGUUGAUCAAAGUUGGUCAUCGCGUUCAAGUCAAGGACAAAGGAUUUUUGGUGUCGUUGCAUACGUUGGAUCGACUCUUUUUGCGAGCGGAAAAUGGGUCGGUGUAGUGAUAGAUGAAGCGGUUGGGAAGAACGUCGACAGCGUUCAGGGAAAGAGAUACUUUGAUUGUCAUGACAACUGUGGCAUUGUGAGGCAAUCACAGGUUGUUGUACUGGAUGAGGUUGGUGAGGAAACAGAAUCUCCUGGAAUGUUGACUCCCAAGACGCCAUCUCCUGCUGUGAAGAGACGCUCAAGUGGACAGCCACAGUCAUCAGGAGGACGAAGUGGCCUCAAACCUCCCAGUGCUGGCAUAGCAAAAAAAGAGACUGGACAAAGUUUAUCUGCAGUUUCUGAGCCUGUUGCAGUCGUACCAGAACCGAAAGUUCCAGUCAGACGAAAUGUCUCAGUAAAGGAAAGGGUUGUUUGUACAAGCCGUUGGAUGAUCAGUCAAGGCAGUUUCUCAAGAAAUACUACAGCCUCAGCACAACAUUCAGAUGAAGGCUAUCGUGUUAGACCAUGGGAGUGCUGGACACUUCCUGUUUGGCUGGAAUGAAAAUAUUAGAAUUUUUUUAGAAAAUUGAUUUAUACGUUUAUGUACUUCUUUAGAAUAUAAUAUCCUAAUGUUCAAUAUUACCAUUAUGU